CCACUCAACUUAGAUACACAACACAAUACUCUUCAAACACUUUACCUUCUUCUUAAGACAACAAGCUAAAAGCGCUUCUAACUUAAGUGAUGGCUAACGCUGCUGAAGUUUCAGCGUUGAAACGCAUCAAGUUGCAUCUUUUGGGUGAACUCUCUCCACUGGCCACUCCCCAAAACAAAUUUGACCAAACAAACCCUAGCCCCUCUGAAUCUUCCAAUUCCGAAUCUUCUUCUAUUUCUCUUAACCACUACUUCACUGACCUCCUCGAACCCGAAAUUGAAUUUCCUCUCUUCGAAUUCGAUUCCAAACCCCAAGUAAUCGACCUCGAAACCCCGAAAACCCUAAUUUCAGCUGAGAAGAAGCCUCAAUUUAAUCGGAAACCGUCGCUGCUAAUCGCUGUUCCGAAGAAGACCGAGUGGAUCCAAUUCGGAAACCCUGAGGUGGCGGCGCCGGAGAACCAGCCUGAGAAGAAGCACUACAGAGGUGUCCGUCAGCGGCCGUGGGGCAAGUUCGCCGCCGAGAUCCGCGACCCGAACAAGCGCGGGUCUAGGGUUUGGCUCGGAACCUUCGACACCGCCAUCGAAGCCGCCAAGGCCUACGACCGAGCCGCCUUCAGGCUCCGCGGCUCCAAGGCCAUCCUCAACUUCCCCCUCGAAGUUAACACCGCGGCGGAGACCGUCUCCGUCGCCGCCGUCGACGUCGAGAGGAAGCGCCGCCGCGAGGAGGAGGAGGUGGUGGUGGAGGAUGUAAAGGCGGUGGUGAAGAAGGAGAAAAUAACGGAGCAUGAUGUGAGUUGUUUUAGGGGGAUGCCGUUAACGCCGUCUAUGUGGACCGGGUUCUGGGACAGUGACGUCAAGGAUAUUUUCAACAUUCCGCCGUUGUCGCCGUUAUCUCCUUUUGGAUUUUCACCGCUCGUGGCUGUGUGAAAUUCCAAUUUAGGACUGCGUUUUUUCGUGUUUUAGUACUUACAGCGUCCUCCUGUUCAGGGAUGAGUACAUUGUACAUUUGACGAAUUUGUUUAUUCAACAAUCUUUUAUUCACUUUUAUUUGCUACA